GAAAGCGGGCAGGUCGUGCUGGUUUGAACAGACGCAGAGAUGGACGGGACCGAGGCCAGCCGGAGGAACUGUACAGGAGAGCGGAGUGGGUCGGAUCCCAAAGUCAACAAGAGCGGCUCGGGGGAACGGGUUAUGCUUAAGAAGGAGAUAGGGCUGAUGAGCGCCUGCGCUAUUAUUAUAGGUAACAUUAUCGGUUCAGGUAUCUUCAUCUCCCCGAAAGGCGUCUUGGAGCACGCCGGCAGCGUAGGCUUCUCCCUCAUCGUCUGGGUCCUCGGUGGAGGGAUCUGCGCUUUGGGAUCACUCUGUUAUGCUGAACUGGGCGUCACCAUUCCCAAAUCUGGUGGAGAUUACUCUUACGUAACCGAGAUCUUUGGAGGACUGGUGGGGUUCCUUUUGCUAUGGAGUGCGGUAUGGAUCAUGUACCCAACGACACUGGCCGUUAUCGCCCUGACGUUCUCAAACUACGUCCUGCAGCCCGCCUUCCCUAACUGCCUGCCUCCCUACGUCGCCACUCGUCUCCUCUCUACCAUCUGCAUCCUGCUGCUCACGUGGGUGAACUGCUCCAGUGUGCGCUGGGCCACACGCAUCCAGGAUUUCUUCACCAUUGGAAAACUGCUUGCUCUUGUGCUAAUCAUUGUAGUGGGCUUGGUGCAGAUUUGCAAAGGUCACUACGAUGCUCUGGACCCUCAGACAGCAUUCCAGUUCAUACGGGAUCCUUCAGUGGGUCAGAUCGCGCUGGCAUUCCUACAGGCCUCGUUUGCCUUCAGCGGCUGGAACUUCCUCAACUAUGUGACCGAGGAGGUGGUGGAGCCACGCAAGAACCUGCCACGUGCCAUCUACAUCUCCAUCCCACUGGUUACGUUGGUGUACACACUUACUAACAUCGCCUACUUCUCCUCCAUGACCCCUGAAGAGCUUCUAGCAUCCAACGCUGUUGCUGUGACGUUCGGUGAGAAGCUGUUAGGGAUGUUCUCCUGGGUAAUGCCCAUCUCCGUGGCUCUGUCAACAUUCGGAGGGAUCAAUGGCUAUUUGUUCACUUCUUCUAGGUUGUGUUUCUCAGGAGCGAGAGAGGGCCACCUUCCCUACCUGCUGGCCAUGAUCCAUUUAAAAAACUGCACACCCAUCCCAGCUCUGCUUGUCUGUUGCACAGCAACCAUAGUCAUCCUGUGUAUAGGUGAGACUCAUAACCUGAUCAACUACGUAUCUUUUAUAAACUUCCUCUCGUACGGGGUCACCAUUGCUGGACUGCUGUACUAUCGCUGGAAGAAACCGAAACUUUUUAGACCUAUUAGGGUCAGUUUGCUGGUCCCCAUUAGUUAUCUGCUGUUUUGGGCUGUAUUGCUCGGGUUCAGUUUGUACUCUGAGCCCGUAGUGUGUGGCAUGGGGCUGGUCAUCAUGCUCACCGGAGUUCCAAUCUACUUUAUCGGAGUGCAAUGGACAGAAAAGCCACGCUGGAUCUAUAGCGCAGUGGAGCGCGUGACGUACAUCGGGCAGAAGCUGUGUUAUGUGGUGUUUCCUCAGCAGGAUCCCUCUGAGACAGUUUCUCUCACCGAAGACACGGAGUCAAAGUCAGAGCUUUGAGCCUCAAAUCUCUCAGGGAAAUUUUCCUCUAUUUAUUUUAUAGAGGAAAACACAACAGAGGCAGUUUGUCUUUCGUGUUUUUGGAGGCGUACAGAUGGCUUCCACUACGGUGCUCUAGUUUGUACAUUUUUUAUGUCCGUUAAAGGUGAUACGUAUUGCCUUUUACAUUUUUUUGGCCUUACUGUGCCUCAGUUCUGGAUGUCGGCGUGUGUAAAAUGAACCUUCUGCCUUUAAAGGAACUGGUUUCCACCAACCACCAAACAGGUGAAGUCUUUUUGUCUGCCUUACUGCCCGGAGGCCAUUCCUGGUUUUAAAACAGAGCAUGUGUUUUUGUGUCAUGUAGGAUCUCUUCAUUUUAUUUCUGCUUUUGUUGUUUUUGUAUUAACAGCGCUUGAUGUUUAAUCUUCUGCUCCACAUGUGUGCAUGCUUUCCAUUGUUCACUUGUAACCCUUUCAUAUUUGGUUUCUGUGCAGUGUGUGCCCAGGAAUGGUCCCACGACUUGUGUGCACUUAUUUAGUAGGCACUUUUAAAAAUGACUUUCAGCUCUUAUCUUUACUUUAUGCAUACACUAAGGGUUAUAUCAUUUGUACGCACUUAUUACUUUUUUUUUGUGCUAUUUUUGGCUCUAAAUAAUAGUGGUCCUGUGGGGGUCCUGACCAUUAAAGAACAGGGUGAAAGGGGGCAAACAAAGCAUGUAGUGAAACAAAUGGACUACAGUCAUUAAUUGUAGAACUACAAAGUGCUUCUAUAUGGUGAGUGGAGCUGAUAAAAUGGACAGCGAGUGUAGAAACAAGGAGGUGGUUUUAAUGUUAUGGCUGAUCAAUGCUUCAUCUGCCUUAUAGAACCUGUUAAUGAAUACUUAAUGUAUUUAUGUGCAAUUACAAAUUUGGUUCUAAAUUGACAUUUACAGUUUUGUUUUUGCUGUCCUUGAAGUUUUGAACUGAACGUUUUAGGAUUUUUUCUGGAACAACUGGUGUGUGUUUGUGUUAAGUUUGUAUUAAGAAGUAUGAAUAUGUAUCACAAGCCUAAUCUUCUGUCUUCUUUCCUUUUAAAUUACAGUAGAACUAUGCAAUUAUGCAAUUUGUACUGCCACUAAAAGAAAAUGCACUUGUUCCAGAGUUUAGUCACUUUAAUAUAAAUCCCAGUUGAUCUCAGUUGUAACUGAUCUAUGCAAACAGAUUCUAUUUAACAGCUUAUUAAUACUUUUACCUUUAUAGUAGUAUGAUACAUUUCUGUACUUUUGCUCAGGAACAUUUUAGUCCCAAUACUUUUAGUGCACACUUGGUGUAAUGUUGGUACAAGAUUACAACAAGAUCAUUAUAAAGAAUACAGUAAUGCUACGCUUUGUCAAUUCCGUUUGCUUGUUAUGCUGUUUCUGGGUGAUCUAAUUGAAGCCACUUAAUUUGAUCGAUUCAAUUAACACUAAUCAUGGUUCUAUUUCUCAGCCUUAUUUAAGCUGGUGUAAAUUAUUAGAGUAUUAAUAAUACAAUUAUUAUUAUAAAGUACCAUUUUAGCUAGUUUAGACCAGUGUUGAGUGUUACUUGGUCAAAGACUCUCCAGAAUCUCCAGCAGUGCAAAUAUCGGCCCUAAAGACAGCAUUCCUGAGGUUAUCAUUUCUGCAUGUCUGCUAUAGAUAUCUUUCUUUUUGUAUAAAUAAAUGUACAGACUGUCUAUGGGUAACAAUAACUGCUCAAUAAAUUUAAUUCCCAAUAAAACAUCUCCUGAGACUUUCA